CGGAAGAGAGGCAAAGUCAGAGGGGUAAAAUGGCCAGCACGUGCCCCAGCCCCAGCCAUCGCGGGUGAUUCCAGGGCUCAGCACGAGGAGAGAGCGAAGGACGCGAGGGGCCAGAGAAUGCGCCAGUGAUUGCGGGGCCAGGGGUACUGCACGCCUGUGAUUGGGCGAGGCCAAUACGGAGGGCCGCUUUUUGAACCGCGUAGGGUUCUGGGUAGUAAGGGCCUUGGAAGGGUCAUAACUGAAAGGGGGAGGGGGAAGGUCGCCAACAAACGGCUGAGCUCACAAUCCGGGUUGGGACCAGGCCGGGGCGUCCCCCUCCCCCCAUCCCCCCAAUGGAGAGAGCCAGACCAGAGCCGCAGCCCCAGCCUCGCCAACUGCCUCGGGCGACCCCGCCGCGCCCGCUCCGCCCAGCUCCGUCUCAGUUGCCGGUGGAGGGUACCUCCUUUAGGGCUGCGGCCUCGGACAUCCCUUCGUCGCCGACCACCCCUUGCGCGGCAGCCAUUGCGACCUUGGCCCCUUCGUGUGAGGAGGCCCAGGCGUCGACUGUACAGCCUGUGGCUCGGCGGCUGCUGCAGGUCAAGCCGGAACAGGUGUUGCUGCUGUCGCCAGGGCCACCACUGCCUCAGGCCCUGGAAGAAGGCGUCGUUGCCUCGCCCUCGCCAGCGCGGCUGCUGCAACUGAGGCCCGAGCUGCUGCUGCUGCCACCACCGCCGCCCGCGUCCGACAGUCCCACCUGCAGACCCGAGCUGCACCUGGUGCAGCCCUGGGCACUGCACGUCAAGGCGGAGAAGCAGGAGCCAGGGCCCGGCUUGGAUCCUUCGGCGGGGACUCGAAGGCCUGUAGAGGCCGGCCCUAGAGCCUCUAGGGAGGCCAAGUUGGAAGACCCGGGGCCAACCCUCGGCUGCCGCCCAGGGGACGAGGAAAAGGGCAAGUUGGAAACAGAGGAGGCCCUGAGGGAUGCAGCGAAAGGCGGGGAAGGUAAAAACCUGUUGGCCAUCAGAGAAGCCAUCAUCAAAACGGAGGAACCCGAGAGACUCCUUGAGGACUGCAGGCUGGGCACUGAGCUCACGUCCAAUGGCCUCGUCCAUGGCAGCAAGGAGGUCUUCCUGGCCCAGCCAUCCGGUGCCUUUGGGCCACACCAGCAAGACCUCAGGAUCCCUUUGACUCUCCACACGGUCCCUCCUGGGGCCCGGAUCCAGUUUCAGGGACCACCACCUUCAGAGCUGAUACGGUUGACCAAGGUUCCCUUGACACCAGUGCCAAUUAAAAUGCAAUCUUUACUGGAACCUUCUGUAAAAAUUGAAACUAAAGAUGUCCCGCUCACCGUGCUUCCCUCAGAUGCAGGAAUACCAGAUACUCCCUUCAGUAAAGACAGAAAUGGUCACGUGAAGCGACCCAUGAAUGCAUUUAUGGUUUGGGCAAGGAUUCACCGGCCAGCACUAGCCAAAGCUAACCCGGCAGCCAACAAUGCAGAAAUCAGUGUCCAGCUCGGUCUAGAAUGGAACAAACUUAGUGAAGAACAAAAGAAACCCUAUUAUGAUGAAGCACAAAAGAUUAAAGAAAAACACAGAGAGGAAUUUCCUGGUUGGGUUUAUCAACCUCGUCCAGGGAAGCGAAAACGCUUCCCUUUAAGUGUUUCCAAUGUAUUUUCUGGUACCACACAGAAUGUCAUCACUACAAAUCCUACAACAGUAUAUCCUUAUCGCUCACCUACCUACUCUGUGGUAAUUCCCAGCCGACAGAACACCAUCACUCAUCCAGUUGGUGACACCACACCUGCCGCCCAGCUGCCCACACCCGCAGUCCAGCGCCCAAGCCCCAUCUCACUUUUCCAGCCCAGCGUCUCCAGUACUGCCCAGGUAGCUGUCCAGGCUCCAAGUCUGCCCCUGCGACCAGCACUCCCAUCGGAGCGCUUCGCUGGGCCCUCCCCAGCAGACACUCAUCAGCUACAUUCUGGAGCCAGUCACUCUGUGCAGAGACCCACUCCGGUCUCUCUGGAGAGCACCAACAGGAUUCCAACUAGUGCAAGUACUGCCCACGCCAGAUUUGCAGCCUCAACCAUCCAGCCUCCCAAGGAGUAUCCCAGCGUUUCCACUUGUCCCAGAAGUGCCCCAAUCCCCCAGGCUCCUCCUAUUCCACACCCACAUGUCUACCAGGCUCCUCCCCUUGGCCAUCCAACCACAUUGUUUGGGACACCACCUCGAUUCUCUUUUCAUCACCCUUACUUCCUACCUGGACCUCACUACUUCCCAUCAAGCACGUGCCCUUAUAGUCGGCCUCCCUUUGGCUAUGGAAAUUUUCCAAGUUCAAUGCCAGAAUGCCUUGGUUAUUAUGAAGACAGGUACCAAAAACAUGAGGGUAUGUUUUCAGCUUUAAAUAGAGACUAUUCUUUUAGAGACUACCCAGAUGAACGUACACACAGCGAAGAUUCUUGGAGUUGUGAGAGCGUGGAUGGGACCUCUUACUGUAACAGUCAUAGCCACAGUGGGGAAGAACGCUUAACUCCCAUGCCUCCGUUGGAAAUCGGAGGCUUGGAGAACGUCUUCACAGCUCCAUCGUCAACUCCCUCUAGCAUCCAGCAAGUCAAUGUCACUGACAGUGAUGAGGAGGAAGAAGAAAAAGUGCUCAGGAAUUUAUAAUUUUAAAACAAAUAUGCACAGAAAAUAAACACUUCUUAAAAUAUAUUCUGGGUCAGUUGAUGUGAAAAAAUAAGCCUAGAAUACUUUGCUGAAAGUAGUCAGCCAUGAUAUGAGGUGUCAACAUCAAACGUAAUGUAUACCUUCAUGAAGAUUUGAUUAGUGAAGCCGGAGCCUUGAUGUUUCAUCUUAGGAAUAUUUAAGCGAUAAAGUAGUUUAUUUCUGUGGCUGAAAUUUGCAUCAACAUAUAUUAUCAUUACUUUUUCUUGGAAUGUGAAAAAUACUGAAUCCUCACAAUUAUAUUUGAAGGGAUAGGGAGUAUAUAUCUGGCAUGACAAGUGUGAUUUGUAUUUUAUCUCAACAUACAUUUAUUUUUCUUAUAUGAUUUUUUUGUUUGGUGUUUAUGUAAUGUUUAUGGAUAGUCUCAAUUUUUAUGUAACAUUUAUUUUGAUAACUUUUAGUAGUGAAUUGGGACUCAGUUGCUAAAUUUAACUUAUGUGAAUAACCAAUUAUAAGUUGCAAAUAUGUUUUCAUGACCCUGGGGUAAUUCCUUCAACUAAAUUAGUCAUUUCUGUUCCUAAACAUUUUCAUCAUCUUUUUUGGAUUUCUUUUUCCAUUUGGUAUGCAUUGUUCUACUUUUGUUAUAAUUAAAUAAACACAGAUAAAAUUGUUCUUGUUGGAUAUUUUCUGUUUGGGGUAUAGAAAUAAGCAAAACAAAUACUGUUCAAAUGAGGAUGGUCUCUAUACCGUGUACAGAUACUUAUCAGAUAUUUAUUUUUAUUCAAUAGUCUCCAGAAUUGCACAGAUCCUAUUAGCGUACAUGAGACUUAAAACUUAUCAAUAAAGAUGUUGUGCACAUA